AUGACGAGGAGAAAUAUUGACCCUUUGUCACUUGAUGAGACCAUUGAUGAGGAGAAGGAGGAGAACGAUGUGGAGAAGAUGAGUGUCUCGGUGUGGGAGCAUCAGGCCCUUGCCCAGGUAGCAGUUAGCUAGCUGGCUAGAAAGGGAAUGAGUUGAAUAGUGUUCAUGUUGAUAACUCAAUUCUAGAGCAGUUAGCUAGCUAGGUUUAUGUGCUGUAAUAGUGUGCAGCUACUUCCAUGUGAACUGUUUUAAAACUACAAACUUCAAUGAAUGAUUGGUAAACUAAUAGUUAACGUUAGCAAGUCAAGCUAACAGCUAGCCACAUAUACAUAAUUGAUUGAUUGCAUUGCACCUGUGUCAUAACCCUGACAAUAACAUGAAUGAUGGCUCUUAUCCAGAGCAACUUACAAAUUGGUGCAUCCACCUUAUGAUAGCCAGUGGGACUACUUUUGUACUAUCCCAGGUAUUCUUGUCCUUUUGCUUGUCUUGACAAUGAGUUGGCAAAAGCACAAACAGAUCUGGGAGCAGGCUAGGAAACACUGCAUGAAAUGCCUGCCUGCUAUAAAUCUGGCAGGUGGCCAAACAUAUAAAUUAUGACAAAGACAUCUCAACAGAUGGGUCAUUCACUGAGGUGCCAUUUUAGAACAGAAAGACCAGACCCCGGCUAUGGUAUUAAAUUAUGGGCAUUCAGAUUAUCAUUACUGCAAUGCUUUAGUCGCGUUGAAAACAUAUUUAAGUGACUUUGUUGAACUUCACAUUUUACAUUUACAUUUGAGUCAUUUUAGCAGACGCUCUUAUCCAGAGCGACUUACAGGUAGUGAGUGGAUACAUUUUCAUACUUUUAAAUACUUUCGGAUGAUUUGGACAUGAUGCGCGAAAGAUGCUAAUAUCAGUCCCAUGACUUGAAAGGGAUUUGUGCCAAAAUUGCUAAAACGUUAGCAUGUGAAACAGUGCCAGGGAAACAUAAUUUAGCCCACAUACUAUUACUAUGUGUAAUGAAGAUGUGAGAUGGGGCUUGAUUCCCCAUGCCUCUUCAGAUCCCCAUCAUGGGUGUAAUGAAGAUGUGAGAUGGGGCUUGAUUCCCCAUGCCUCUUCAGAUCCCCAUCAUGGUGUAAUGAAGAUGUGAGAUGGGGCUUGAUUCCCCAUGCCUCUUCAGAUCCCCAUCAUGGUGUAAUGAAGAUGUGAGAUGGGGCUUGAUUACCCAUGCCUCUUCAGAUCCCCAUCAUGGUGUAAUGAAGAUGUGAGAUGGGGCUUGAUUCCCCAUGCCUCUCAGAUCCCCAUCAUGGUGUAAUGAAGAUGUGAGAUGGGGGCUUGAUUCCCCAUGCCUCUUCAGAUCCCCAUCAUGGGUGUAAUGAAGAUGUGAGAUGGGGCUUGAUUCCCCAUGCCUCUUCAGAUCCCCAUCAUGGUGUAAUGAAGAUGUGAGAUGGGGCUUGAUUACCCAUGCCUCUUCAGAUCCCCAUCAUGGUUGUAAUGAAGAUGUGAGAUGGGGCUUGAUUCCCCAUGCCUCUUCAGAUCCCCAUCAUGGUGUAAUGAAGAUGUGAGAUGGGGCUUGAUUCCCCAUGCCUCUUCAGAUCCCCAUCAUGGUGUAAUGAAGAUGUGAGAUGGGGCCUUGAUUCCCCAUGCCUCUUCAGAUCCCCAUCAUGGUGUAAUGAAGAUGUGAGAUGGGGCUUGAUUCCCCAUGCCUCUUCAGAUCCCCAUCAUGGUGUAAUGAAGAUGUGAGAUGGGGCUUGAUUCCCCAUGCCUCUUCAGAUCCCCAUCAUGGUGUAUGAAGAUGUGAGAUGGGGCCUUGAUUACCCCAUGCCUCUUCAGAUCCCCGUCAUGGUUGUAAUGAAGAUGUGAGAUGGGGCUUGAUUCCCCAUGCCUCUUCAGAACCCCAUCAUGGUUGUAAUGAAGAUGUGAUGGGGCUUGAUUCCCCAUGCCUCUUCAGAUCCCCAUCAUGGUGUAAUGAAGAUGUGAGAUGGGGCUUGAUUCCCCAUGCCUCUUCAGAACCCAUCAUGGUGUAAUGAAGAUGUGAGAUGGGGCUUGAUUCCCCAUGCCUCUUCAGAUCCCCAUCAUGGUGUAAUGAAGAUGUGAGAUGGGGCUUGAUUCCCCAUGCCUCUUCAGAUCCCCAUCAUGGUGUAAUGAAGAUGUGAGAUGGGGCUUGAUUCCCCAUGCCUCUUCAGAACCCCAUCAUGGUGUAAUGAAGAUGUGAGAUGGGGCUUGAUUCCCCAUGCCUCUUCAGAAUCCCCAUCAUGGUGUAAUGAAGAUGUGAGAUGGGGCUUGAUUCCCCAUGCCUCUUCAGAUCCCCAUCAUGGUGUGUAAUGAAGAUGUGAGAUGGGGCUUGAUUCCCCAUGCCUCUUCAGAAUCCCCAUCAUGGUGUAAUGAAGAUGUGAGAUGGGGCUUGAUUCCCCAUGCCUCUUCAGAACCCCAUCAUGGUGUAAUGAAGAUGUGAGAUGGGGCUUGAUUCCCCAUGCCUCUUCAGAUCCCCAUCAUGGUGUAAUGAAGAUGUGAGAUGGGGCUUGAUUCCCCAAUGCCUCUUCAGAUCCCCAUCAUGGUGUAAUGAAGAUGUGAGAUGGGGCUUGAUUCCCCAUGCCUCUUCAGAUCCCCAUCAUGGUGUAAUGAAGAUGUGAGAUGGGGCUUGAUUCCCCAUGCCUCUUCAGAUCCCCAUCGUGGUUGUAAUGAAGAUGUGAGAUGGGGCUUGAUUCCCCAUGCUACUUCAGAUCCCCAUCAUGGUGUAAUGAAGAUGUGAGAUGGGCUUGAUUCCCCAUGCCUCUUCAGAUCCCCAUCAUGGUGUAAUGAAGAUGUGAGAUGGGGCUUGAUUCCCCAUGCCUCUUCAGAUCCCCAUCAUGGUGUAAUGAAGAUGUGAGAUGGGGCUUGAUUCCCCAUGCCUCUUCAGAUCCCCAUCAUGGUGUAAUGAAGAUGUGAGAUGGGGCUUGAUUCCCCAUGCCUCUUCAGAUCCCCACAUGGUGUAAUGAAGAUGUGAGAUGGGGCUUGAUUCCCCAUGCUCUUCAGAUCCCCAUCGUGGUUGUAAUGAAGAUGUGAGAUGGGGCUUGAUUCCCCAUGCCUCUUCAGAUCCCCAUCAUGGUGUAAUGAAGAUGUGAGAUGGGGCUUGAUUCCCCAUGCCUCUUCAGAUCCCCAUCAUGGUGUAAUGAAGAUGUGAGAUGGGGCUUGAUUCCCCAUGCCUUUCAGAUCCCCAUCAUGGGUUGUAAUGAAGAUGUGAGAGGGGCUUGAUUCCCCAUGCCUCCUUCAGAUCCCAUCAUGGUGUUUUGUAAUGAAGAUGUGAGAUGGGGCUUGAUUCCCCAGCCUCUUCAGAUCCCCAUCAUGGUGUAAUGAAGAUGUGAGAUGGGGCUUGAUUCCCCAGCCUCUCAGAUCCCCAUCAUGGUGUAAUGAAGAUGUGAGAUGGGGCUUGAUUCCCCAUAUGCCUAUUCAGAUCCCCGUCAAGGUGCUGAGGGUUCACUCAGACGCCAUCACCAGCUGUCACUUCUGCUUUUGA